UUUCGUGUUGUCUGCUCGACUGAUAACAGUAAUACACUUUCCUCCCAGCACGUCAGCGUAUCUCAGUUUUCAGAGCUUGUGGUGAUGAGCCUGUCCGAAGAAUCGCACGAACACGAAAGCAGUAAGGACGAGUAUGAACCCACGAACUCGACACCACUCGGCGAAUCGCAUGAAGAAGACAAUGAGCGAAUGCCUGACGUUAAGGCAAUGUUCUCGCAAUUCAACUCGCGAUUUUUUGACAGUCGGCUGAAUGGUGUUGAAGUAGGGUGGAGUUCGCGGCUGACUUCGAGUGGUGGUACUUGCACUUUUGAAGGAGGUUCGUGCAGCAUUAGAUUAAACGAACAUUUGCUGGUAUGGCGACCAAGGAAGGAUCUUGUCGAAACAUUGCUCCACGAGAUGAUCCACGCCUACCUCUUCGUGGUCGACAACGACCAAAACAGGCAGGAGCACACCUCCGCAUUCUGCCGGCACAUGGCACGCAUCAACAAGGCGGCUGGGACCAACAUCAGGCCGCACCACGACCUGUACGAGGGGUUGGACCCCUUCAGGAGGCGCUGGUGGCGCUGCAGUGGGCCCUGCCAGAAGUGGCCACCACGGUUUGGGAUAGUGACUCGCUGCAGGGGGUGUCCCCCGGGCCCA